AUUUCUAGUGCAUGUACAUGAAUAAGACGAGUAUUACGGGACCGAACUGCGGCUCAGUAAGGAUUUCCUGAAACAAGUUUUGGCCGCUUCGGGGCUCGUUUCACAUCUCAAUGAUCAUGCUCAGUAGUAACAGGAUGAUAGAAGCGCCUUUCUAGGGCCAGGAGUGGCAGGCGGACCAAAAUGGGAGUGUGUUGCAGCUGCCACUCCAAGCUGGUCGUCGGCGUGGACGUGGACGCUCUCAAGCAGAGACAAAAUGUACAGCGUGGAGCCGAAACUGCAAAGGGCCACCAGACUCUCGCACAGAGUGAGGCUACUCUGACGGUCUUGCCGCAGCUUCCCGUGGACCUAUGGCUUCAGGGUGUAAAGCUGCACGGCUUGGCAACGGUGGGCGAAGCAUCUGCAACUGGAGGAUUUCUCUUCAGCCGCUUGGUGGUUGCACGUGGGCACGUCCUGGCAGCAAUUUUUGAGGGGCACACGUCUGCAGCUGCGGCCGAAUAUUGCCGCAACAACUGCUGGGAAGCAUUUUCUCAGGCAACCGGAAGCAGGCAACAGGCGCCCGCUGGUGCCACGCUCCGGUCGCUGGACCGCGGCUUCCUCACUUCCUCCUCCAUCGCCUUGGAAGCGCGUCUCAGCAGCGGCUGCAGUGCUACCCUGCUCCACAUCGACCUGGCGACACGGGUGGCUACGGUGGCCACGGUUGGGGCGCAUGGCACAGUGGGGCUUGGCAGCGUGGGCCCACUGGCCGGGUCAACGCCCGCCAGGCCGGCAGCCAGCGCCUCCAGCAGCCCAGCUGCAGGCAGCGCGUCGCGGCAGCCAUCGCGGCAGCCAUCGCGGCAGCCAUCGCGGCAGCGCAGCGGGCAAGACAAGCGCCGUAGAAGCGGCAACAACGAAGCGGUGGCCGACUGCACCGCCAGUCGCGGGCUGCGGCUGGCGCAGGGGGCGCGGGGGCUGCUGGGCGAGGUGGGGCGCUGCCAGCACCAGCACGUGGUCCGGGCCGCCACGCUGGAGGGGCCGAGCGCGGAGAGCAGGAGGGCUCUGUCGGGACAGAUUGACCGGCUGUCAGGCACGGCGUCGUCGCUGCUUCCGGAGGCCGGGCACUCGGGCCACGGCGGCUUGGGGCAGACCGCGCCUUCAGGCAGCCCUGGGGCUGGCUCCAUGCAAGCUUCAAUCCGCGCAAAUGCGGAUCGACCGCCGUCGGGCAUAAUUGCGGGCGCGGGCAAGGAUGGGCUGGGUGCAGGCGCUGUGGGUAAUGGGCAUGCGGCCUCGAAGGCGCCUUCUCCGCGGGGGCGGUUUCCCUUGUCCAACCGGCUGCACUGCGGCUGCGACGUGCGGGUAACAUCACGCACGCUGGCGCCCGGAGACGAGUGCCUGCUAUUGCUGGCCGGGAGCGGUGGCGUCGGCAGCGGCGCUGCGGUCAAGUCGCUUGCGCGUGACAGCGGUGGCCUGGGAGCCAGCGCGUCCGGCGUGGCGGUGGCAUCGGGUCCGGGCAGUGGUCCAGCGCCGGUGCCCGGCGCUGCUUCGGCCCCUGCGCAGGGUGGCGGGGAUGCGCGGCGAUACAUCGGCAUCGUCGGCACUCCUGCCGGGACCAUGUCGGCGUUGCGCUCGCCGCCCGCGUCGGUGUCGGACACCGGUUUGCAGCUCACAUCUGCGACUCCUGCGCUGGCGUGUUCCUCGCUGCCGGCUGGGCAGGCGGGGCCCGUCACGCCAGCCGUCGCCAUCAGCCCUGCGGAUGCCGUGACACUGGCGCACGAGGUGGCGAUGCUGGCGGGGCCGCCGCCGCACACAUCGGAGGAAACGAGCGUGAGCGCAGCUGGGACGCUUGUGAGUAAGGCCCUAGCGUCGGCGCAGGGGGCCAUUCCAGUCGGCCGAGAGGCGCGGCUUGAGGUCUUGUACGACAGCCUGGAGCCGGUGACAGACGCCAGCGUGGCGGAUACAGCCGGCGCAACCACUGCUACAGCCGCGCCGCAGCACCCAGCCGCCGUCCGCGGCGCGCGCGUUGUGGCAGAGUACGCGCUCGCAGCGGCAAUGUCGGCCGCGUCAGCGGCUGCGGCGUCGUUGGCCCAAACGUCAGAGCCGCUGGUGUCUAUCCUAACAGCUGGCUCGCCGCCAGCGCCGCCGGCGCCGGCGGCGCUGUCCGCAGCCUGCAUGGCGAUUUGGCUGGACUGGGCGCCCGCGGCUGACGCUGCCGGCACCGUCGCGUCGCCCCUAAUCGCGUCAUCACGGUCGCCGACGACGGCUGCUGCCGUGGCGACGAUUCACGUGGCUUCCAACACCAGUGCCGGCGGUGCCGCCGCCGGCGGAGCUGCUACUGCCGCACAGCACUGGGACCUGGCACGCGGCUACUGCCGGUUCCUGGCGCUGCGCCGCCGCCGGCUGCUGGCGGCGUGGCACAGCGCGGCAGAGCAGCUACAGCUUGGUGGCGGCGGGUCCGGGUCGCAGGUCUACGCCAGCGCGGGGAUGGCGGCCGGCGCACAGCCGCCAGCAGCAGCAGCCGCCGGCGCUCCUGCUACAGCCGGACCUGGCUCAUGGCUGGGCCACGCGGCUGCCCUGAUGGCGGCGACGGGCUCGGCGGCGUCGGCGGCGUCGGCGGAGCCGGCAGGCAUGGGCGUCAGCCUCACCGGCCGCACCGCGUCCUUCACAAACCGGGCGCCCCUCAUGGAGUUCGUGGAGGAGCUGCCGACUGACGCCGCGCGCUCGCGCACCACCAUCGCGGGCGGCGCCCGCAGCGGCUCGGCCGCCGGCAGCGGCGCCGCAGGCGGCGGCGGCGGCGGCGGUGGCGGCGACGGCGGCUCGCGCACCUUGGCGCCGGUGCCGUCUGCGGCCCUCACGACCACGACGUCGAUGGUGGCUGGCGGCGCGACGCUGGACCCGCACCACUCCAACACGUCCGCGGCAGUGCCCUACGGCAUCAGUGGCCUGCUGGUGGCGCCUAUGGGCAGCAUCGAGGACGAGGACGGCUCGCCCGCGGCGGCGUCACUAACGGCGGCCGCCGCCGCGGCAGAGGCCGCCGCGGCGGCGGCGGCUGCCGCCGCUGCGGCCGGUCUCUCGCCCAUGUCUACAGAUCACGGCGGCGCCGUGCUCUCGGCCGCCGCCAAUACUGCGGGCGUGUCCGCCACCAUCGCCAAUUCCGCCUCCUCCUCGGCAGCGCCAUUGACGUCGGCCGUCAGCCCGCGCGUCAGGUUCCACCAGGACCUGGCGCUGAUGGCGGCGGAGGCGGCGCAGGCGCGCGGCGACCUGGACCGCGCCGCCGUGAUGCGGCGCGCCAGCCGCUCGCUGCCCAACCUGGCGAUGCAGCAGCAGCGGCAGGCGAUGGCCGUGGUGUCCGGCAUGCAGGUGCAGCCGGCGGACUCGGAUGAGGAUGAGGACGGCGACGGGGAGGAGGAGGAGGACUGGGACGGGCGCCGGGGCGGCAGGGGUGAGCGACAGGGCGAGGAGGAGGACGAGGACGAGGAGGAAGGUGUGGAGCGAGGCGAGUGGUCCGGGUCGGGCUCCGCCUCCGGCUCGCGCUCUGGGAGCAGGCGGCAGGGCGGCGCGGGCAGCAUUGGCUCGGGCAGUCGGCGCAGCCGGAGGCUGAUGAACAUCGGCGAUGAUGACGAGGAGGAGGAGGAGGAUCCAGAGGCCGCCGCCGCGGCAGCGGCGGAGGCCGUGGCGUUCGCGCAGACCGCCGCUGGCUCCUUCAGCGGCAUGACGUCGGUCGCCCGCAGCCCCGCUGGCAGCUCCGUUGCCGCUGGCGGCCGCGACCUGUCCGGCCUGUCUGACGCCGCCGCCGGCGCCGCCGCCAUGCCCUCCUCGCCCGGGGGCAGCACCGCCGCCGUUGCUGGCAGCGGUACCGGUGGCGGCGGCGGCGGCGGCGCUGUGAUCAUGGACUGGUCGCUGGUCAUGACCAACAUGAGCGUCCCCAACGGCAACAGCAGCGGCAGCCUGGCCCAGGUGUCGGGACCGGCCCACUCGGCCGGCCACACGCCCAUGCCCUCCGCCGCCGUCAACCGCCUGCCCGCUGCCGGCAUCGGCGCCGGCGUGGGCGGCGUGAGCUACGCCGGCAGCCCCCUUCCUGGCGGCCACGUCGCCAACUCCGGCAGCCGUGGCGCUGCGGCCACUGGCAACGUCGGCAGCUACCAAGCCAUCCCUGGCGGCUACCACCAGCGGCUGACGGCGGCGCCGGUGGUGCCUGGCGGCGGGGUGGGCCGGCCGCGCACAUCGCACGGCCCCGGCGCGCUGGGAGGCCCCGGCGGAGCGGUGUUCAACAUCCGGAACCAGGUGGCCUCGCCCUCGCCAGCGGCGGUGGCGGCGGGCAGCCUGCGCGCGUCUAGCCUGCUGGGGCUGAACAGCGGCGCCGGCAGCAGCCGCGCGGGCAGCGCCACUGGCGGCGCCGGCAGCGCCGGCGGCGCGUCAGGCAGCAUCGGUGGUGGCAGCGGCGACAGCCUGGGGCGCGGCAGCACCGCCGUCAAGAGCGACCUCCUACCGCCAGGUAUUCUGCUGGGCCAGCAGUCCACGGGCGACGACGCAGACGUAGCCGACUCACUUCUUGCCAGCACCGGUCUCGGCGUCGGCCUCGGCGUCGGCGGUGUUGACGGCCGCGACGGCGGCGACCUCGCCGGCGGCACCAUGGCCGCGGCGCUGGCGGCGGCGGGCGGCAGCGGCGGCAGCAACUGCGGCGACCAUGACUUGUUGAGUGAGGACCUGCCGGGGUUGCGGAUCGAGAGCACGGCGGAGUUGGCGGCGCUGAUGGCGGAGAUCAUCAUUUCGGAGGACGGCGAGGUGCUGAGCACUGCCGGCGGCGGCGACACAGCGCUCAGUCGCAUCGGCGGCAGCUUUGGCCGUAUCCACAAGCCCGGGCGGCCGGUCAGCCGGCCGGGUAGCCGCGGCUGGACGCCCCGGCUGGCCAUCGUGCGCGAGGACGCUCGCGAGGCUCACAGCGGCACCACCAGCGCCAGCCAGACGCUGCCGCUGGCCGACACGGCGGACCUGCGCUUCGCCGCCAUCAGCGAGGGGCGGUCCUCGGAGCGGUGCUCCAGCGCCUCAGCCUCGCACAGCGCCAGCAACAGCAGCGGCCCCGCGGAGCAGGCGCAGGGAAGUGGCUCGGACCGUGGCAGCGGCUCGGCGCGUGGGUCUCGCGCCAACAGCAGCCCCAACGCCAGUACGGAGGAGCCCAGCAGCAGCAGCAACGGCAGCGGUGGAGCGGGAGCUGGCGCCGCCGGCGCCGCCGCGCGCAGCAGCAACACCAGCAGCAGCAACACCAGCAGCAACGGCCGCCUGGCGCCACUCCGGAACGUGGCGCACACGGUCGUGCCACCGCUGACAGACACGAUUGCCGCCGACGCCGUUAGCCACGCUGCCGGCGGCUCCGGCUCCGGCUCCGGCGCGGGCGCGGCAAGCGCGGGCGGCGGUGUGGGAGCCUCGCCAGCUCGCGGCGGUGGCGUGCGCGCGGCAACAAUGGGCGUGCCGCUUAGCGUCAUCCCCAGUCGGACGUUGGUCGUGCCGCCCGGCGCCCUCUCCGGCGCAGCCGCACAGCUCGCGCGUGUAUCUUCUGGCCCCGCGGCAGCGGUCGCCACCGCAGCUGCGGGCACCGGCAUCGUCGCCGGGGCUGCCGCAGCCGGAGCUCCUGGCACCGGCGCCGGCGUGAGCACGAGCGGCCCUGGCAUGGCGUUCUUGGACAGCGCCAGCGGCGCCGGCCUGCAGCCGCCCUUCCUAUCCUUGGAGCUGAGCGCCGGCACCUCGCCCACGUCGCAGCAGCAGGCGGCGCACCUGCAACUACACCCGCACCCGCACCCGCACAGCCAGCAGCUGUCGGCGCUGCUGCAGUCCGCUGGCGGCGCCGACGCCAGCCCCACCAGCGGCGGCGGCAACACAAUGACUGACAGCAUCGUGGGCUUCAUUGGCGCGGCGUCCUCCUCCAACGCCGUCGCGCUGGCGGCGGAGGCGGCGGCCGCGGCGCAGUCGCUGCUGGGCUCCGCCACCUCGGCGUCAGCGCUGCUGCCGCCGCCGCUGCCGGCGCCGCAGCCGCAGCCGUCCAGCCUGGCAGCGCUGCCGCUGCUGUCGGUGCUGGCGGCGCGCACCGCUGCCGGCGCCGCCGCCGCCUGGCCGGGCCCCGCGCCGCCUAGCGGCGGCGUGGACUACUCCGCCGCCUCUGGCUCGCCGCCGGAGCCCUUGCCGUCGCCGUCGCCGCUGCGCGGCUACAGCGGCUAUGGCGACGGCGGCGGCCGCCUCUCCGCGUCGGCCAUGGCAGCGGAGACCGCGACGCUGGAGUCCGUACUGAACGAGCUCAGCCCGUCGCUGGACCGGGACCGGCUGCCCGACGGCGAGCAGCUGCGCGGCUCCGCCGCGCCGCUGUUGGCUAGCAGCCACAGCGGCGUGGUGAUUGGGAUGGCGCCGGGGUCCAGGUGCGAGAGCCCCUCGCGCACCGCGCGCGGCUCCGCCACGUCGCUGACGCUCUCCAGGCAGCUGCUGGAAGUGACGGCGCCGGCGGCGCCGGCGGGCAGCGCAGGUAUGCCGGCGGCGGCGGCGGCGACAGGCAGCACGGCGCAGCGCCGCAGCGGCGGCGGCGGUGCGGCGGGCGGCCGCCGCAGCGGCACCAUCAAUGGCGAGGUGCUUGUGCGCUCCCGAACCGACUCCACCGGCGGGCUGGCAUCCGCGCCGCCGGCUGGCGGCGGGCCUGGCGGCUGCUCGCCCAACGCACUGGCGGCGGCCGUGGCGGCGGCGGCGGCGGCGGCGGGCGCCGCCGCCGCGUUCGACGGCACGGUGGCGGUGACGUCAACCGAUGCGGUGGCUGCGGAUGAGGCGGAGGCCGUGUUGAGCAGCAGCAGCGCCGUGGCCUCCGCCACUGGGCCGGCAGGGGCGGCGGCGUCCGGCUCCUCACGCCACCGCACCGACCGGCCGAACCUGGCCAUGAUCGGCCGCUCGCAGAGCGCGCUGGUCCCGCGCAACGGCGCCAGCCCCUACGGCCACGCCCACGGCGCCGGCAGCGCCUGCACCGCCGCCGGCAGUGCCGCCGGUGCAGGCUCCGUCACCAGCCACCCACAGCAGCCCCGCACCUACCAACCGGCCGGAGCCUCCAGCAGCCACCACCACCACCACCACACGCACGCCCACGCGCGGCACCUAUACGGCCUCUCUGACGCCGCCGCCUUGGGCGGCGCAGCCGGCGCCAACGGUGUCGGCUCCACCGGCGGCGCUCACGGCCGCGCCAGCGCCGGGGCGAUGCUGGCUCCGCCGCCGCCCGGCACGCACGCCACCGCCACCGGCUCGGACGCAGGCACCGCCACGGCGCACGGCAUCGAGCGGACGUGGUCGGCGGGCUCUGGGACCAGCGGGCCGCUGUGCAGCAGGCUGUAUUCCACCCUCAGCAAGAACAGCAUGACCGCCUACACCCUCGCCACCACCGCCGCGCCGACGCCGGGCUGCACCUCGGCCCAGGGCUCCGGCACGCGGCUCGCCACGAUGCCCAGCCACACGCAGGCCGCGGGCAGCGCGGCUGGCACAUCCGCCGGCGCCGCGGCCGCGGCUGCCGGCUCAAGCUCGGGCGCUGCGGGCGCGGCAGGCGGGAGUGCCGGCGUCGGCGCCGGGGCCGCCAGCUCCGCCGCCGCUUCCACUCCAGUGGCAAUGACGGGGAUUGGACUGGCCGGUGUGUCGCCGGCCACGCCCGCCGCGGCCGGGCCGCCGCCCUCCGCCGUCGGCGCCGUGCUGUCUUCCGCGGGCGGCGUCGUGAGCGCCCCUGGCCGCAGCGACGCCGACGACGCGUCGGUCGUGGAGCCUGCAGGUCCCAGCCCGUCGCGGUCGCCGGCGGCGGUCUGCGAGGCGGCCUCUUGCUGCAGCAGCAUCACCAGCGUCGCCAGCAUCGCUGGCGCUGCCGCUGCUGCGGGCUAUGCCGCCGCCGGCCUGCAGGCGGCGAGCGGCCUUUCCCGCAUGGUGCCGCGCUGCAGCUCCAUGCCGCGAUCUAGCCAGCCGCAGAACCGGCAGCUACAACAGCAGGACCCGCAGCCUUCCGACGGGCUGAGUGGUUUCGCCGGUCUUGGCUUCCCUCAUGCGCCCGGCGUGGCGUCCGCCUCGGGCUUCAAGCCGGUGCCCUCGGGCGCAGCUGGCCUGUCGCCCAUGCCGCUGCCUCCCCUGUCACACCAGUCGCCGUACGGGCCCCAGGCCACACACCCGGCCUCGCCGGCUGCGGUGCUUGGUGACGCCGCCGUCAUGACCGCCGCCGCCGUCGGCGCCGGCGGCUGGCCGACGCCGGCGUCGCCGUCGCCGCCGCUGGGCGCCUGCGGCCUCGACGGCGGGCAGCACUCCGGUAACGUGUCGAACAGCGACGCGGGUGUGUGGACCUCGGCCUCGGCCUGGACCGCCAGCACCACCCUGCCGCUGGGCAACAGCAGCCGCCGCAUGGGCAGCGCCACCAGCGCUGCCGCGCACGGCGGCGGCCUGAGCGCGGCGAUGAUGGGCGCCGGCGGCGCCGGCACCGGCACCGGCGGCGGCGCUGCCAGCUACACGGGCGCUUUGAUGGGCGUCGUCGGCGGCGGCGGCGGCGGCGGCGGCUACAUGAGCAUGAACAUGCACCUCCGCAACGACGCCAACAACGCCAACGUUAAUAACAACACCUCGUCAGCAGGGCUGCUAAACCUGCAUGCAGCCUCUUUGAUGGUGAUGGGCGGCGGCAUGGCCCCGGGGUUGGCCACGAUCGGCGACGCUGGCGGCAGCAACACGGGCAUGCUGGGCGGCGACGCCGGCGGCGGCGGUUACGGCGGUUACGGCGGUUACGGCACAAGUCUGGGCGCCUACCAGGCCGCGUACGGCAGCGCCAGCGGCCUGCUGUUGACCGCCGACUGCGCCUCCAACACGCAGCUGCUGCCGCCGCCGCUGCCCACGCAGCCCUUGGGCGGCGGGCUGGGCGGCGCCGCGGGCGCCACCGGCGCCGCAGGCGCCGGCCCCAGCCUGCUGAUGCACGAGCGCAGCAGCGCCGGGUGCGACUGCUAUGGCAGGGCGGUGCCGCUGCAGGUGCCCUCCGCCCAGCCGGGCCUCGUGCAGGCUGGCGGUGGCGUUGAGCAUCCCGGCGGCACUGGCGGUGCCGGUGGCGGUGCCGGCGCCGGCGGCUCCAAUGUGAACGGCAACGGCAACCGCUCGCAGCAGAGCAGCACCAUCCUGGAGGGCGGCCCUCACGCCAGCCAGCUGCCGCCGCACCUGUAGCACCAGCUGGUCAUGCACCAGC